CAAAAAGCUCUCAAUUGCCCCCGGAGUCACAGCACCCCUGCACAGCUGAUCAACGAUGGCCGCCUCGCUCUCUUCUCUCGUUCGCAGGACUAUUACCACAGCCGUACGAAAUGCUUCUUCAAGUGGGGGAGGGGCCCACGCUCACGAUGGUGGAUAUAAGCAGUGGAAGAUGGUUUCCAUUCUAGUUGCAAUGCCUGCAAUUGCACUGUGCAUGGCAAAUGCUAUCCUUUCAGAACAUGAACACAGGCCAGAUUUUGUUGCAUAUGAACACCUACGCCUCCGCAAUAAGCGCUUCCCUUGGGGUGAUGGCAAGAAGUCACUUUUCCACAAUACCCAUUCCAAUGCUCUCCCUGAAGGCUAUGAAGAUGAGGAACAUUAAGAACUUCCCAGUAAAGUAUUCCAUAGAAGUAAUUUAAAUUAUCUCAUGUCUGUGUAAUGACAACACUCUUGUACAUAACAUGAAAUACAUUUACGAAUUCGUAAUAUGUGGGCCUUUGAUUUUUUUUAUGAUGACAUGAAAUAAAAUGUAAUAUAUUGA